UGACAUGUCCAAUGUUUGUGAUCAUGCUGUGCUGAGGUUUGCCAGCGUGUGAGCAGUGCUAAGAGUGUAGCGGGACGGAGGGAGGCGGUGAGCCCUUUGUGCCGGGCCUCCUGUAGUCUUCUCCACUGGAAUUAAUUAGGCUCUUUCUGACAGAAGACACCCUUCAGUCCAGCCCAUGUCCCCAAACACACACCAACAUCAGCACAGACAGACGGACUGUAAAACAUCACACCUGGAAUGGCUAUAAAAGAGGAGCUGAGGAGCCGUCAGUUCUGGCAGGGGAUUCUGGCAGAAACUCUUGGUUCUCUGAUCUUUGUAUCUGCUGUGUUGGGCUCUUUAGUGCCGGGGCCGGACGGGGUCUCCCCGGGGCCCAUUUACCCCGCACUGGCUGCUGGUAUGGCGACUGUGGUUCUGGGAUAUUGCUUUGGUGAAAUCAGUGGGGCUCAGGUGAAUCCUGCGGUGACUGUGGCCCUGUUGGCCAUGCGUAAGGUGGAUGUGUUGAGGGCUGUGGUGUAUCUGCUCGCUCAGUGUUUGGGUGGGAUCCUCGCGGCUGGCCUCAUGUACCUCUCUCUGCCCCUGAAGACCACGGCACAGAACUUCAUCAACAAGGUCCCAGUGGAUAUGAACGCAGGUCAAGCUCUCGGGAUGGAGAUGCUUGCCACGUUUGUCCUGGGUUUCACCGUAUUUUCAGUGGAAGAUCAACGCAGGAGAGAAGUAAAUGAACCAGGGAAUCUGGCCAUUGGAUUUGCUGUGACCACUGCCAUCUUCAUUGCUGGGAGGUUUUCUGGUGCCAGCCUGAACCCUGCUCGCUCUCUUGGUCCCGCUAUAAUACUCGGAUAUUGGGAACAUCACUGGGUCUACUGGAUCGGUCCAAUCCUAGGUGCAGUGCUGGCUGGAGUGUCUCAUGAGUUCAUUUUUGCCCCCAGUGCGUCCAGACAGAAGCUGGUGGCUUGUUUGACCUGUAAGGACAUUGAGAUUGUGGAGAUGGCCAGCGUGUCUCGAUCGUCCUUGUCCACUGUCACACAGAGCGCCAUGAGAAACAAACAAAGCAACAAACUGGAGCACAGCUAAGAUCAUAUUCAGCAGAUUACGAAUGCAGCCUUUUACAGUACACUUAGUCACAAACAACCAAUCAAUGGCUCUUAUUCAUGAAACAGCAAAUCUUGUGUAGGUUCUUCAUAACCAUUCUUACAUGGAUUGCACCAUGUACGGAUAUUAGAAUGUUUUUUUUUUUUUUUAAGAUGAACAGACUGUUGAAUAUUUAGACAGAAUAUAAAAAAUAUAAAAGAACGUUUUUUUUUUAAGGAAAGCUUUAAAACCUUGGAAAUUUGCAUAUCAAAUAUGAUACAGCGUGCU